UUUUCGAAUCCUAAUUCCAUUUCUGCUCAUCAUUGUUCAAGUCCAACUCGUUCCUUGUCCGGAUUGCCCUUGUCCUUGGUAUGAAACAAAUGGGAACAACGAUACCCAAACGUUCCACAAAAACGCUCUCAAUGGUUGCCACGAAAUCUGUGACGAUGAUGCCAAUGGUUGCAUGACUUGUUGCUUAAACUGUUGUGAGUCAAAUGUCACAUCUUGCUAUGGAUGGUCUUGGUCCAAGGAACUUGGUUGCAUGGCCGAGAGUGCUCCACCUCCAAGUAGUAGAACGGGGAUUGUGCACGGAUACCACGCCAUUUGCUACGAUAUGAUGAACCCAGAUCAUCUUCACUCAGGUACCCUGUGUCCACCUUGCCCUUGUGUGGACUCCUCCGAUUCUGGACUAGAAAAUGAUGCAAAAAAACUUACUACAACAAACGUUCCACCAACCUGUCCGACCUGCGAAUGCGAUUGGACCCCGCCCGAAAACCACCCCUUGAGAAAGCUCCACCCACUGGCUCUUCCGGGAUGCGCUCCACUUUGUGAAAAUGACCUAGAAUGCAUGACCUGUUGUGAUUCUUGUUGUUACAAAGACAUGGAUUCUUGUCUCGGAUUUGCCUGGUCUCGCCAACUAGGGUGCAUGCAGGCUUCCAAAAACCGACAAAGCCGAGCUUUGGGGGUGUCUGAAAUCUUGGGUGUACACGCCAUGUGCAAUGAGAUCAGCCACUCAAGCUCAUCUAAUGAUGCCACCUGUCCACCUUGCUUCUGCCCUUUCUCAACCACUACCGAGACAACCACAACUACCAUCACAACCACGACAACAGUGCCGAAAGAGUGUCCAAUUUGUCCAUGUCAGAACCAAUCUGCCUCUAUUGCUUCCCAUGAGCCACCUGUUCCCUUGGGAUGUGAUUUGGCUUGUCAUGACUCUGAAUCUUGCAUGGCCUGUUGUGACAAUUGUUGUUACAAUGAUUACGAAAGUUGUUCCGGCUUUCAUUGGUCCAAGGGCCUUGGUUGCCAAUCGGAUGAUGGAUCCAGGGCCGCGUUCCAGAUCGAGGGCAUUCAUGUGGUUUGCAAUGCCUUGGUUCAUCAUCAAGUGGAUAAAGACGGAUUUUGUCCAACAUGUGAUUGUAUGACACUCGAACCAAGCUACACUUCCACUGAGGAUUCAAGUAGUACUGAAUCUACAACUGAGCUUAGCCCUAGUCAAGGCCAAAUCCCUCAGACUUGGCAUUCCAAUCCAAGCAAUGACUCGCAAGAUUCGGUCAUCUCUAGUUCAGUGUCGCCAAUCUUUACCACUACGCCACCUUGCCCAAAAUGCCCAUGUUCCGAUAAUGAUGACCAACCAGAUCCUUAUAAAGUGAUGGAGUUCUAUUCGAACGGUUGUGGACGAACUUGUAACAACGUUACAGAAUGCGUCGAUUGCUGCAUAGAUUGUUGUGGAAGAUCCUCCACUUGUUUAGGAUUUGCCUGGGCCAAGGAAUUAGGUUGCCUCAUGGGCAAGAAAUCCAAAGGAGCCUUUCAAAUCGACGGAGUGCAUGCCAUUUGUCAAAUGUUCUCACCACAUGAGGAAGAACUAGAGGAGAUUUGCCCCGCAUGUCCCUGUUUAACCACCGAAAUACCACCCAAGAUGUCAACUUUGCCUCCAUCCACGACAAUUCAAUCUUUACCAAAUUCAACCGUUUCUCCAAAUUCAAGCCCUCAAAGUUUACCCGAACUUCUUCUCACGGCGCAACCUCAUCAAAAUCGACCUCAUUCAACACUUGAUCCCAGUUCCCUCUCAAAGGGAACCUCAAUGCCAGGUUCUUCUCAAGACAUCUCCACGACUCACUUACCAACUCAUUCGAGCAUGGCUAGUUCCUCUGGAGCAUUUCCAUUGGGUGAAUCUUCGAAAUCAAACAUUGGACCAACAACUUGGGGCCCAUCCUCAAGUCCACACUUGAUGAGCACUCCCUUUGGACCCACUUUUUCAACCAGAUCUGACGAUGCUGCCAAGUCUUCGUCUGAACCCGUGCCACCAAUGGCUUCUUUGGAACCAAUUGGUUUAUCAACUGAUUCUGAUUCAAAUUUAGACUCAACAACUCCGCCCAUGUUAAUUACCACCACCCCAUUGGGACAGGUUUGCCCUUCAUGCCCGUGUUUAGAAGAUGUAAGUCUUGGCACAAGUUCCACAACGGCAAGCUUCCGUUUAUCGACUUGUCUCAACAUUUGUUCCAAUGAUCCUGAGUGCCAGCAAUGUUGUGAUGAUUGUUGUCACAACCCCAACAAAAGAUGCAUUGGUUUCGCUUAUUCGCCGUUUAUGGGUUGCUUGACACCUAAAUCGAUGAAGGGCGUGGCUGAAGUGUUUGGGAUCCACGCAUUGUGCCAGGAUGUCCCUGAGGAUCCUAGCUUUCUUGUUCAAGUGGCUCCAACUUGUCCAACAUGUCCUUGUUUAAGCAAUUCUACCCAAUUGACCUCAUCAACUGAGCCCAAUCUUGUUCAGACUACCCAGGAAACACCAAACGUGGAACCAACAACUUCAACUACAACAACAACAGUACAGUCCUCUAGUACCACUUCAACAGCAAUAAAAACGAAAGUCACAACAGCUCCCACAACCAUUGUUACCACGAAAGGAAAAGUUUGUGAACCUUGCCCAUGCCGUGAGAAUAAUUCAGGUACAGGUUCAUCAUCACCUCAAUCCAUCUCGGGUUGUAAUCAAGUUUGUGGCGAAAGUGGAAACGAGUGCUUGGCCUGUUGUGAAUCAUGUUGCCUUGGCGAGAAUUCAGCUUGCCGAGGAUUUGCAUUUUCUCAACAACUAGGUUGUUUGAAACGGAAGAAGACCAAAUCCAUCCUUCAAAUUCCUGGAACACAUGCCAUUUGUUCGAGUGUCCCACCCACCAUCAACCUAUCCUUACAAGUAAUGGACCAAUGUCCACCAUGUGAUUGUUCCACAACAGUUGAGCCAAUGGAACCAGAUUUUGUACCACACACGACAUUAUAUGAUAUUGGGUCGACGACGGGUCCAGGUCUAUCAGAGGGUUCCACUUCUGACAUGAGCUAUCCCAAUACAUCAAAAGGGAUUGAUUCCUCUGAAACUGAGGUUGUGGAACAGACUUCAUCAACCACGAAGAGGAUUCCAGAUGAAACAUCAUUUUCUCCAAGUUCCACUAUUGGACCAUCAAUUACGCCCUCUAGUUGUGAAAGUUGCUCUAAUGGAGACAUGAGACCCGUUCCUGUGAACGUAUUUUCAGGACAACCAUCAAAAGCCAACUCUCAAGGGGAGUUCAUUCUUCAAUCUGGAUUUUUCCAAUUAGCAACUCCGAACUACCCCUUCUGUUCAUACGAAAACAAUCUGAAUUGGACUUGGAAGUUUCAACUCGGAAUGAAUGACACAUUACGUGCGAAGGUUUUGGAACUGAAAUUGGAGGAAUCUGAAUCCUGUACAAAAGAUGCGUUACAAAUGAUCGGUUUCCGAUCCACUAAUAUUGAUCCAAUGUUCCAAUGUUCCCGGGGUGAUUUUGUGGUGGCAGUAAGGAAUGCAUUCAAUUUGUGUGGAUAUGUGGUGUCCACCACUUUUGAGUCAAUCGAUAAGGAAGUGGCGAUACAAUUUGUCUCAAAUGAAUCAGGAACAAAUGCUGGAUUUCAUUUGCUACUGGAGGUCGUUUAAAGCACAAUCAUUCUCACAUUUUCGAUCCUGAAUCUUUCAAUGCCACAAAAUAUUUCUUGGAUUGGAAAACUUUUCUAUCUGAGCACGGAAAAGCUUUGUUAUUCGAUUGGUAUUUCUGCAUCUUUUGUUGCCCUUAGUUUAUUAUGCUCAAGAUUCCGGAUCAAUGUUCGAUCUAACAUUAUUAAUGAUGAAAUAAAAUCGUUCUUCGUCAU